AUGCGUGAAACUCAACCUAAUAUCUUAGGCCUUUUCCUCGGACUUUUACUUCACGUCAGUAGUGGAUGGUUAGCACUUAUAUUUAUCAUUAAUAUUCUUCUUUUCAUUUAUAAAGGCAUAGAAUUACCAUAUGCAGGUCCUUACUAUCCAAUGGAUGUUAUUCUUUAUGUAUGUUGGGGAAUUAUGUCAUUAAUCCGUACGAAAGUUGGUAAUAGAGGUGUUAGACGUUUAGAUGGUGUUGCACUCAUCAUGUUUGCAGUUGUUACACUGUUUUCAGGCAUCGGAAGUUUAUAUUUCGCACUAUUUCAGACAUACGUAUUAAGACUUGAAUUCAUUUUCAACAUUUUUGCUUUAGCACUCGAAAUUCUAGAAUUUAUCCUAGGUAUCGGCUCAGCAAUCAUGUACAUCGUAGCCCAAAAGGUCUAA